GCCUUGUGUUCCUGAUCUGAUCUACCAAGCGUCCACAUCCAUGUUUGCAGCCUACUGGGAAGUGACUGGUUUCAACAUUUCUUACACUGAUGUCCAGAUAUCUGUUGAAAGAAAAUUCCACGGGUCAGAUGAUCUGUGGCACACUGUUGAUGGGUACACAAGUCUAGGAGUCGCUGACAAUACAGUGUUAAGUGGACUUUCCCUGGACCCUGGACACACCUUCAGGGCUGCCGUCAUGUUUUGUGUCGUGAGAGUCUGCACCAGGCCCGUGCACAGCAAUGGAGUGACUGUAGUUCCCCAUCCCCCUGUAGCUGGGGGCAUCAACAUUACAUAUUCCGAGACAGAGAUCUCGUCACAACUGGAGGUUGCAAUGGAUCGUUUCCGCGAUCGCGACAUACCUGCUACGUCUGAGUCGUAUGCUGUGAUUGAAAGGUAUGAAUGGAGUUUGAUCGAUCCUGGACUCCUCACCGAGUGGGCACCUGUGGCCAAUCUGACUGAUCAGGAAAGUCAGGUUUUAUUCAAGAUCAGCUUCUCCAGACCGCUAGAUUUCAGCAAGUGCCGCCGGCUCGCCGUCAGAGGGUACAAUAAAGUAGGGCUCACUACCGUAGUGUCUGCUGAUGUCAGAAACUGCUCUGCCUUUGAUGAAAUUAUGGUGAAGCCUUUGUUCGUCAUUGACGCCACUGGAUCAAAGAUUGCACAAGGCAUUGGGAACGACAUCAUCUUAGAACAAAAUGCCCUCUGGCCCAUGCUGGAUGUCGACUAUCCUCCCUACAAAAACAUCCUGUCAGCUGUGUGGCCAAGUCUACGUCACAGGAAGUACAAGUGGGCGGUGGUAGCUGGUGACAAGCUGGACCCUACAUCUCACUUCAAGCGGCAGAGUCUAAUGACUGUCUCUGACCCAUGUGCCUUGGCCGAUGUCAUCAAGUGUGGAGAAACAGGGAAGGAAUAUGUCAACGUACACUUUGACCAGAAGGAAGAACUUCCCCAUGGGCACAGGUUCUACGUCUGCAUUCAUGCUGAUGAGAUGGAAGUGACUUAUGAGAAGUGGCCAACUGUCUUGGAAGAGGUGAAUGCUUGCAGUGACGGUAUCACUGUUGACCUCACUCCACCAUCUGAAAGCUCGAUCACCAUCCAAGGGCUAAUAGAAAACGUAUAUCAAGCUUACAAUAGAGUGGGCCUCGCCACAGUCAUCACGUCACAUGCCCUGGAAGUGGAUACAACGCCCCUUCUGUCGGGUCAAGUGUCUGAUGGGAGAUCAUCAGCUAGUCCUCAGCAGAGAUGA